UAACAAUGUGCGGGGAAAAAAAAAAAAAAAAAGCAAUCCUCGUGUUUAGGUUGAAGUGCGCGGUAAAGUUUAUGCGUUAAUGCUUUGGCCCACUUGUUCUUCUUUUGUAGAAAAACACAGACGCCAUGCUUCACGUAGAUCUAGUUUCAGACUGUGAAAGAGACUUUGUGAGAAAUACAGUCUCUGAAGGCAAACGUGUCGACGGCCGAACCGCAAGAGAGAAUCGGCCUGUGCGCAUCGAGUUUGGACUCGACCGAGGAUGCUGCAUAGCGUCCCUCGAAAAAACCAAAGUUCUCGCUCAGGUCUCCAGUGAGCUGACGACCCCUAAACUGGGUCGUCCUAAUGAGGGUUACUUGGUCGUCAACUUCGAGCUGUCUCCAAUGGCUGCUCCGAACUUCGAACCCGGUCGACUCGGUGAUUAUGGCGUGGAGAUCGGACGCCUUCUGGAACGUUGCAUUCACGAUUCACGCUGUGUAGACUUGGAAUCGCUUUGCCUAGUAAAUGGUGAAAAAGUGUGGCAGAUUCGUGUUGAUGUUCAGGUUUUGAAUCACUGCGGGAACGUGUGUGAAUGUGCCAGUGUUGCCACUAUAGCGGCUCUUCUUCACGCACGGAUUCCGAAUGUUACGAUAGAGGGGAAUGAAAUAACCGUUCACAACACACGUGACAGUGUAGCGGUUCCGAUUCACAUGCACCACCAUCCAUAUUGUGUGAGCUUUGCAUUUUACGAAAGUGGUGGCGAAAUUUUGGCCGACCCAACCGAGUUGGAAGAGAAGAUUGCUGACGGCAUUUUAACAGUUGGUGCUAACGGCCGCCAGGAAGUGUGUGUCCUGCACCAGAGAGGUUGCAUCAUACGCAAAGAACACGUGCUGCUCUGCACGCGAUUGGCUGGAGUGAGAGCAAAGAGCCUAACAGAAAUCAUCAAACAGGAAGUUCAGAAGGACGAAGAGGUGAGGAAGAAAGGGACACCGGUUGGAUUUGCAGCAAACUUGCUCGUAGACACGGAUGAGGUGAUGACACUGGAGCCAAGUGCAGUGCACGUAGAUGAUGUUGAGGUGGUCAGUGAUGUAGAAGAGAGUGAAGAUGUCACAGUAGAGAAAGUGAGCAGACGUAGAGCAGCACAGCAGAGAAAGCGUACAAGUGGUACGAAGUCCAAGGUGCUGCCAAACGUUAAAGUCUUUCUCGAAGGCACUGGCACUGCUGCAAUCGGGAGAGGAGGACCCAGCACCUGGGACGUUCUCGACGACGAUGCAGACGCAGAGGAUAUGUCACAAGUGGUGUCACAAAAAAAUAACAGGGGUGGUGCUGGGGGUUGUAAGGACAGUGAAAGCAGCGAAGAAGAAGAAAUGGCAGUGUUGCAGGAAGAAGAUUUUCCUGCAAAAGGUGACAAGGACGACGUUGACCUCAGCAAUACGACUAAAGAACACAAUCGAGGCUGGUAUUCGAGGCAGCCAUUCUGAGAAACAAUUUUUAAAAUCUGUGCCACAAUGACGUCGUGCCGUGCUGAUGCGAGUCACGUUUAAAUAAAAUAUUUACCAGUUAC